GAUAAAAUUGUAUCUUAUCUCUGUCAGAAGCACCACAGCCACUUACAUUUCUCAUAAAAGAGGAGCCUUUACGUUAAAGGUCACUAUGAUGGAGAAAAAAAAAAAAGAUGAGCAACAGGACGAUUCCAUGGACCAGAGACCAUGUUCUUUAGACCUAAAGGUGAUCUGGAUCGUGUUGAUUGUAGCUGUUCAUUUGGGUCCCAUGGGAAAGUUUUGAUUGAUUAGAAGUCCACCACUAACGAUGGAUAUUGUAAGGAUGAAUUAUCGGAUACAACUGUUCAUUGACUUGUGAUGCCAAUCCAAAGUCCUAAACCGUUUGAAGGCUAGAGGAGAGAGGAGGGUUAUACUAUAUUGUUAUUGGAAACAAGAAAAACAAAGCUAACUUUGAAAAUUAUGAAAGGCAAAUGAGAACGCUGACCCGUUCUUACAGUUCUCCAUCAGACAAUCUGUCCAAAGGUCCCAACUCAUUGCCUCCUCAUUAUUCUGCACCAACAAAUACCCAGUGAAAAAUAAGAGAACAUUGGGUUGAACCAACAAGGGGAAAAGGGAAGGAAGACCACAAACACAAGAAUUGGGUGUGGGGAGAGAACGAGGGAGAAUGCAUUCUCCUUGCAUUAGGGAGACCUCAGAAGCCUGCUUUCAAGGUUGCUGUCUGGCUUCUUUGCCUGGUUUUCCUGAUCCCCAUGGCACGGAUCCAAAGAAUCUCAGCAGUGCUGCUGUAUCCAGGUACAAUUUUGCUCUCACCACAGUUUCAUCUCUCUUCCCAAACACCCAAUUCACCAACCAUGAAUCCCUCCCUCCGUUGGAUGAAUCGUUUUCUAGCUUCAAUAAAGCGUACCCACAAUACUCCAACACUAAUCAAGCCGAUCAGAUAAGAGCCCAAGAAUACUACCAUCUGUCCAUGUCCAACCAUGUAUGUCUUGAUUACAUUGGCCAUGGCCUCUUCUCCUAUUCCCAGCUACAAAGUCAUCACAUGACAGCCCCAGUUCCCUCUUCAUCAUCAUCUUCUGCUCCAUCACUGAAUUUCAGUUCUCUAGAACUGCCCUUCUUUGAAAUCUCCUACAAGUCAGUAAAUUUGAAUUCUCAGAUACUCUAUGGUGGAGAAGAGUCAGAAUUGGAAUCUAAAAUCCGGAAAAGAAUUAUGGAUUUUAUGAAUAUCUCUGAAGCAGACUACUCCAUGGUUUUCACUGCCAACCAGUCAUCAGCUUUUAAACUUCUAGCAGACUUCUAUCCAUUCCAGUCUAACCAAAAUCUUCUUACGGUCUAUGAUUAUGAGAAUGAGGCAGUGGGAGCAAUGAUCCGUGCAUCCAAGAAGAGAAGCGCCCGAGUCCUGUCGGCAGAGUUCUCAUGGCCUAAUUUGAGGAUUCAUUCAGCAAAACUGAAGAAGAUUAUACUAAACAAGAGGAAAAAGAGGAGAGGGUUGUUUGUAUUCCCACUUCAGUCAAGGAUGACUGGAGCUCGAUAUUCUUACUUGUGGAUGAGCAUGGCACAGGAGAAUGGGUGGCAUGUCUUACUUGAUGCAUGCGCAUUGGGACCUAAGGACAUGGAGACCUUGGGCCUCUCUCUCUUUAGGCCAGACUUUCUCAUCUGCUCUUUUUUCAAGGUUUUUGGGAAGAACCCAUCUGGGUUUGGAUGCCUAUUUGUCAAGAAAUCCAGUGCUUCAAUCUUAAAGGAUUCAACUACUGCUGUAAGUGUAGGGAUUGUGAGUCUUCUUCCAGCUACAAGACGAUCUCAGUUCCCUGAUGAAUCAGCCACUACUGAUAUAGAGACUGAACAAACAUCAAAGCUUAAAUUGCAUAAGGGUGAGUUGCCAGCAGCAAGUUCCUUGUCUGGGCCUUUACCUGUUCAGAAAAUAAGCAAUGAAACUUUUGAAUCAUAUGAAAUUUCUGAUGUUAACUUCAAACAGAAGGGUUCAUCAUCCUCCGAAAUUGUGGAAUUGGAGAUGCCACUUGACAUUCCCCAAUCCCUAAACAAAGACAGCAGCGUCAAUGGGUACUCACAGAUUGAAUGUAGAGGCUUGGAUCAUGCGGAUUCAUUGGGCCUGAUACUGAUCAGUUUGAGAGCAAGAUUCCUGAUCAACUGGCUGGUAAAUGCAUUAAUGAGCCUUCGACACCCACAUUCAGAAAAUGGACUUCCCCUAGUCAGAAUCUAUGGCCCAAAUGUAGCAUUUGACCGAGGACCAGCUGUGGCAUUCAAUGUGUUUGAUUGGAAAGGAGAAAAGGUUGAGCCCACUCUAGUGCAAAAGCUUGCAGAUCGAAGCAACAUUUCCUUAAGUCAUGGAUUUUUGCAGCAUAUAUGGUUCUCAGAUAAGUACGAAGAAGAGAAAGAGAAGAUUCUAGAGCUAAGGACCAUUGGAGUGGAAGGAACACUAGGAAAUAAAAAGCGAGAUAAAUCUAGUUCAGGAAUAUCUGUGGUCUCAGCAGCAUUAGGACUCCUAACCAACUUUGAGGAUGUGUACAACCUCUGGGCAUUUGUAUCCCGGUUUCUAGAUGCUGACUUUGUGGAGAAAGAGCGAUGGAGAUAUGUGGCUCUAAAUCAGAAGACAGUCGAAGUUUAAAUUGAACUUAUUCUUUCAUUCUUUCACAUUAUGUCAAUCCAUAAUUUAUUAUGAUUUAUGCA